GGUAUGUUACAUACAUACGUGCCGUUUACGAACGUUAGCGAUGAAGUUAGCGGUAACGUUUUCCGUGCCGCUAAUCGUUGUUGGUCGGUCGUACGUCCGUUCUUCUUGGUCGGUUCGUCGAUUUUCCAAACGCACGCACGUUCGUUUCGUCGGUCGACCGAGCUUCAGUCGAUCGGAUGACCCGAUUCAUUUCUUUCUUCGUGUUGCAGUGCUUACGAGUCGUUGGCGGUCCAGUUGGCGCAAAUUGCGCAAAUUGCUGUGCCUGUGAAACGAAAUGGGAAAAGUGAAGGCGAAUAAUUGUCCGACGUACGAAAGUUGGUUCGAUUUUCGAUACGGUAUUCGCGUGAAAACAGGGUUUCGGUGCCGUAAUCCGAAUAGGAUUUCGUUCUGAUAUGCAAAGGCGGACAGUAUGUUCAUCGAGACGGAAAGAAGAAAGAAUUGGAAAUUGUUUGAGGAUGCAUACCGUCGCGCGACUCUGCUAACAACGAGACGUUUUCUUUUCUUACUCGUUCUAACUACGGCUGGAUUUUGCGAUGCAAAACAACAACAACAACAACAACAACAACAACAACAACAACAACAACAACAGGCAGAUGUUGACGGAUUCCAACGAGGUUGCAAACUCGAAGGUCUGCACCCACUUUUGAUCGUUACGUACAAAAAUAUCGCGAUAUCCGUAGAUAAAAUUACGGUAUCGCAUGGAGAACGGGUGACGAUAAGAUGCAGGGAAAUCGGGAAAUACAAGCUUAUCGGCGAUUCCUUGUUGCAUUGCCGUAACGCAAGCUGGGUUGGAAAACUACCUUACUGCACUCCGACAACGGCAAUUUCAAAUUAUACCGAAACAGAAGACGUACCGCCUACGAUCGUGUUCGGAUUACCGGCAGGUUCGGCUGCCGUUGAACCGUCGGGUGCCCUUGCAGUCUUUCCCGGAAGCAUUCUUCAUUUAGAGUGUCUUUUUGAUAGAAAACUUGGUAAUCCGGAGUGGACUUGGACAUCGACGUUUCGUCAAUAUUUAACCGGUUGGGCGAUCGCCGCUCGCGAAAGAGACUGGAAGUAUCGACUAUCGAUAUAUUAUGCGAAAACUCAAGAUUCCGGUGUCUACACGUGCUCGACACCCCGCGGUCUAUCAAACUCGAUCCGUGUUAUCGUCGUGGAUGUUCAGUGCCCGGUUCUGAGCCUUCCCGAACCGCCGCUGAUCGGAAAGAUCCAAGGAGCACGAAUGGGUCACGGAGCAGUAUUCGAAUGUCCUGUUGGUUACAGACUGGAAGGUGCCGCUGGUAUAACCUGCCAAUACAAUGUUUGUGCAGGUAAAUGGUCCGGUGAUAUGCCACGUUGCGAGACUAUCGAAUGUCCGUCUAUGAACACGUUCACCGACACGUGGUUACAACUUCUCGAGUACAAUAAUACCUUUGGCGGUAGAGCUGUGUUUGCUUGUAUGUGGGGCCAUAAGCUAUCGGGACUGCAGAGCAUAGAAUGCAAAGGGGAUGGUUCGUGGAGCGGAGAUAUGCCCAGUUGCACGGAAAUUACCUGCCCGGCACCCUCGAUACCAAAGAGUGGACGGAUCGUCGAACAAACGCAUCGCCAUGGAUCCUCGGGAAGGAAACAACAUCGUCGGAGUCGCGUGCACAAGGCCGGUGCCCUCGUAAGAUUCGCUUGCUUGCCGGGACACCAACUGUUGGGCGAGGCCUCGAUAAUAUGCACCGAAAAUGGAACGUGGUCUCACUCGUCGCCAGUCUGCAAAGUGAGAUGCUCUUAUCCGGGCGAUCCACCUCAUGGACGAAUCGCACCCCUCAAGUUCUGGUACAAACCUGGCGAUAAUAUACAGGUAACCUGCUCGCCUGGAUACGUAACACCUUUGGAGCCUGUACGGAAACCAACGUGCCGAGAAAAUGGCAUAUGGAGCGCACCACCUCCCCCUUGCAGAUCGUACAAAGACGUUUAAACCAUACGAGAUAACGUUUCGACUACCAACGAGUAGUAUGUACAUACGUUACAAUUAACAACCGCGAACAAACGCACAAUCGAUAAACCGUACAAACACGCAUAUAAGAAAUCGUAAUAAUCACAACUUGCCUAACGAUCCGAAAAUAAUUCAAACCGUUGUCUAUUAUCUUUCCGUAUAUCGUACACGUUUAAAUAUCGAUUGUUUGUUUGUUUGUUUGUUUGUUUAUUAAAUAAACGAUACAUACUAUACAUAUCAAUCGGCCUCUCUGAUUAUCGCGAUUAAAACAAACUCGAAAGAUUUCCAUUCGACGUGUUAGAUUCGUCGAGUUAACCUUUUUCAGUACCUAACGAUGAUAGAAAUCUCGUAUUGUCCGAGAACGUCGUUGUCGUUGUCGUUGUCGUUGUCGUCGCCGUUGUUAUUCUGUCGCAAUAGCGACGUUAACGAGACAAUCGACGAUCGUCGGUCGAGUAAAACAGAAUCGAACGAGCAAGGACGAGAAAGUGACGGGUAGAGAGGAGAUACCUAUACCAUAUGCAUGUGCGAUAAAUAAACGCGAUACAAAUUGUACGAUACCUAAUUUUAAUCUUUGAAAGCAUAUCGAUUUUCGCAAUUUUUUUACCUUAUAUCCGAUACAUGUACCAAUAUACAUAGCAUAGAUAUAUGCACAAGAUUCCCCUCGAGGGAAUGAUCUGAUCGAGACCAGGUAAGUAGCAUC